AUGGUUGCCGACGCGCUCAUCUACCACCCGGCCGUGAGCCACUUCAAUCGCUUCGUCGCGACAACCGUCGGCCGAGACAAGGCACUGAGGACGAUUCAAUAUUUCGCACGAUUCCUCGCCUGGUACACGUACCGCACCAACCACCCGCAAACCACCGUGGCCAUCUUCGAGACAACCAAGAAGCAAUUUGGAAGCGUGCGAAAGGCCAUGCGACUUGGAAAAUUCGUUGAGCAUUUUAAGGCUGCCGCCGUGGCCGCUGACAACAAGUCGCUGGACCCGGUCCUGCGAUACCUCGCCAUCGGUCGUCAGCUGGGCUACGCUUUCUACCUCUCGCUCGACGCCAUCGCCUACAUUGACAGCUCGGGGAUCUACAAAUUCGCGUCCGGCCCGAGACUUGCACAAGAGGCGUACCGUGCCUGGUGGACUGGCUUGGUCUGCAACAUCCUUGCCAGCGUGUACACCCUCUACAACUUGCAGGCUGCGACCAAGAAGAAGGCCGACAGCGCUGAUGCUGAAAAGGCGGUUGAGCUGAAGAAGCUCCAGAGCACGAGCCGCGCCACUCAACUGCAGCUCUUCUCCGACCUUUGUGACUUCACCAUCCCGAGCACCGCGCUUGGGUUCAUCACCCUCGACGAUGGACUGGUCGGUCUCGCCGGUACCACUAGCUCCAUCAUCGGCCUCCGAUCUGCCUGGGCGAAGACUGCUUGA